AUGUCCGUUCUCCGACCUUUCCGCGCGACAGAUAUGUUUAAAUUCAAUAACAUCAAUCUUGACUUGUGGACUGAAACUUAUGGCAUUGGAUUCUAUCUGACAUACCUCGCACGCUGGCCUGAUUUGUGCUGCGUGCAGGAGGCACCUUCAGGAAAGCUGAUGGGAUAUGUGCUCGGUAAAGCCGAAGGUCAAUCGACAGACCAUCACGGGCACGUAACCGCCCUCACUGUCGCUCCCGAAUACCGCCGACUUUCCCUCGCACGCAAGAUGAUGUCUCUUCUCGAGCGUGUCUCGGAUGAGACAUAUCAUGGGUUCUUUGUCGACCUAUACGUACGCUGUGCGAACGGGGUCGCAAUUGGAAUGUACGAGGGUUUGGGGUAUAGUGUGUAUCGGAGGGUACGAGAGUAUUAUGGGAGCCUAGGAAUGGGCGCGAGCGGGAAGGAUGAGGAGGAUGCGUUUGAUAUGCGAAAACCACUGUCUAGGGAUCCAAUGAGACGAUCCGUACGACCGAACGGUCGCGACAUGCUCGUUAGCGCACACGACGUCUCAUAG